AUGAAGAUGAAGUCCUCGGCCGUCGUGGAUGGAGGCUUGUUCACAGAGAGCUAUUGUAACAUCUGCAAUGCCCAGCUCAUCUCCGAGUCCCAGCGCACCGCUCACUAUGAGAGUAAGAAACACGCCAACAAGGUGCGUCUCUUCUACAUGCUUCACCCUGAAGACGGAGGACCGCCGUCCAAGAGGCUGAGGCCAGAUAACCCAGACUGUGCCGAAACAGAGGUGGACAGGAACAAGUGCUGUACCUUGUGUAACAUGUUCUUCACCUCCGCCAUCGUGGCCCAGUCACACUACCAGGGUAAAACCCACGCCAAGAGAGUGCGCCUGGUGCUGGGGGAGCAGCCCACCCUACCCACAGAUUCCUCCCCUUCCACACCAUUGCCCCCAGACCCCGCCGCGUGUCCGCCUCCUUCCCCGGCCCUGCCCUGGCCCGCGGCGGUGGUCGGCGGAAACGGCGGAAGAGAGGCCGGGAAGUACUGCUGCCUGUGCGGAGCCUGGUUCAACAACCCGCUGAUGGCCCAGCAGCACUACGAGGGCAAGAAGCACCGCAGGAACGCAGCCCGGGCACGUCUCCUGGAGCAGCUAGCGGGAAGCCUGGAUGCCACGGAGAGCACAGGGCUGCGCAGUAGUUACUCCUGCAGCGUCUGCAGUGUCGUCCUCAACUCCAUCGAACAGUACCACGCACACCUCCAGGGCUCCAAGCACCAGAACAAGUGA